GACUGAUUAAAUUUUUGUACUGUCCCCUUCUUUUGAUAAAUGCUAAGUAGAAUUUAGGAAUCAAGCCAAGUAAACUUUGGAAUUUAUAAAACAAAAAAUUUACAUUUUCACGUAUAUUAUGAUGGCUCCAGUCCCAUUUAAAAAUGAAAAUCAGAAUCUUAAAUUCUGUACAGGAACUUCAUAUACCGGAAAAUUAGAUUCCGAAGGUCAAAUGACUGGCCUAGGAACAUACUCUUAUCCAAAUGGCACAGAAUAUAGAGGACAUUUAAAAAAUGGUCAAUUCCAUGGCAGUGGAAUGAUAAUCGAUAUAAAAUCAAAAUUUAAAAUGUGUGGAUAUUUUAUCAAUGGUAAAUGUGAUAAAUAUGACAUAUUCUUUGGCGAUGGAUUAGAAUACAAUCAAGAAAAUUGGAGUUAUUGUACCGAAUCGGAUCGUCGUUUUUGGAUUGAAAUAAAUCAGGGAAUACCUGCUGUGGGGGAGACAUUUUUAACCAACGAUAAACCUUCAAGAAUUAUUCCACCCGGACAUUAUGACACUGGAGAGGGUUUCUUUGAUCCAAAAAGUGAUAGCAUUGUUGAUGCAUUGAGUGGAAAAAGAAUACGUCAUGUUUGUCUUCAUGAAAGAAAACGAAUUUUAGAAAAUUAUCGAAUGAAUCAAGUUGAUUUUGAGAUGAAGCAUAAUUUGAUGAAGGAGGUUAAAGAAGUUGAUAUCUCGACUGAUUCCUGGGUAUCUUCUGAUGGCAAAUAAAGAUGUUUUUAUUUUGAAU